AUGACUGCGGCAGCGAACUGGGUGGCGAACGGGGCGAGCCUGGAGGAUUGUCACUCCAACCUCUUCUCGUUGGCUGAACUCACAGGAAUCAAAUGGCGUAGGUACAAUUUUGGAGGGCAUGGGGACUGUGGACCCAUAAUUUCAGCCCCAGCCCAGGAUGAUCCAAUCCUGUUAAGUUUCAUCCGCUGCCUGCAAGCCAACUUGCUGUGUGUUUGGCGUCGUGAUGUCAAACCAGAUUGCAAAGAGUUAUGGAUAUUCUGGUGGGGAGAUGAACCUAACCUAGUAGGUGUAAUACAUCAUGAACUGCAGGUCGUGGAGGAAGGACUCUGGGAAAACGGCCUUUCCUAUGAAUGCAGGACGCUGCUCUUCAAAGCGAUCCACAAUCUGUUAGAAAGGUGCCUAAUGGAUAAGAACUUCGUCAGGAUUGGGAAAUGGUUUGUUCGACCCUAUGAAAAAGAUGAAAAGCCGGUCAACAAGAGUGAGCAUUUGUCCUGCGCUUUCACAUUCUUUCUUCAUGGGGAAAGUAACGUAUGCACAAGUGUGGAGAUUGCCCAACACCAGCCAAUCUACCUGAUCAACGAAGAACAUAUACACAUGGCUCAGUCUUCACCUGCCCCAUUUCAAGUACUUGUGAGUCCUUACGGCUUAAAUGGCACGCUGACAGGCCAAGCAUACAAGAUGUCAGACCCAGCCACCCGGAAGUUGAUCGAGGAAUGGCAGUAUUUCUACCCAAUGGUGCUGAAAAAGAAAGAGGCACUGAAAGAGGAAGAGGAGUUGGGCUAUGACGAUGAUUUCCCUGUGGCAGUCGAAGUAAUUGUUGGUGGUGUCCGGAUGGUUUAUCCUUCAGCUUUUGUUUUGAUCUCUCAGAACGACAUCCCGGUUCCUCAGAGUGUCACCAGUGCUGGAGGCCAUAUUAUAGUUGGGCAGCAGGGACUUGGAAGUGUGAAGGACCCAAGUAACUGUGGGAUGCCCCUGACCCCUCCCACCUCUCCAGAGCAGGUUCUCAUAGGUGAGAGUGGAGGUACGCAGAGUACUGUCAGCCAUCUAGGUUCCCAAGAGGGAGGGAUGAUAACUAUGCACAGUCCAAAGAGAUCGGGGAAGAUUCCUCCAAAACUCCACAAUCAUAUGGUCCACCGAGUCUGGAAGGAAUGCAUCCUCAACAGAACCCAGUCCAAGAGGAGCCAAAUGUCAACUCCAACUCUUGAAGAAGAGCCUGCUAACAAUCCUGCUACUUGGGAUUUUGUGGAUCCGACCCAAAGAGUUAGCUGUUCUUGUUCCAGGCAUAAACUUUUAAAACGUGCAGCAGGACCCAAUCGACCUCCCACAAUUUCUCAACCAGGGUUCAUUGCGGGACCAUCAUCAUCUUCAUCUUUACCACCUCCUGCUUCUUCUAAGCACAAAACAACAGACAGACAGGAAAAGGGAGACAAGUUGCAGAAGAGACCCUUGAUACCAUUUCACCACAGGCCCUCUGUGGCUGAAGAGUUAUGCAUGGAGCAAGAUACACCAGGACAAAAGCUGGGGUUGGCAGGGGUGGACUCCUCCUUAGAGGUGGCAAGCAGUCGGAAGUAUGAUAAGCAAAUGGCCGUGCCUUCCAGAAAUCCAAGCAAGCAGAUGAAUCUGAAUCCUAUGGAUUCCCCUCGCUCCCCCAUCUCCCCUCUGCCGCCAACCCUCAGCCCUCAGCCACGAGGUCAGGAAACAGAGAGUUUGGAGCCACCAUCUGCCCCUGUGAAUCCAGCCCUCUGUGGAAAUGGCAUCGAGAUCCAGCCGUUGUCUACUCUGGAUGACAGAACUGUCCUUGUUGGCCAAAGACUGCCUCUGAUGGCAGAGGUCAGCGAGACAGCCUUAUACUGUGGGAUCAGGCCCUCCAACCCAGAGUCCUCAGAGAAGCGGUGGCACAGUUAUUGCCUCCCACCCAGUGAAGAUGUUGAGUUCAGACCCCCAGAACUCCAGGGCGAGAGAUGUGAUGGCAAAGUGGAGGUGAAUGCAGAGAGCACUGCACUGCAAAGACUCUUAGCACAGCCUAACAAACGGUUUAAAAUCUGCCAUGACAAGCAGCCUCAAGUGCAGCCGCUCCCCUUCCUGGACCCAUUGCCUCUCACCCCACAACCUGGAGAGAGUUUGGGAGAAGUCAAUGACCCAUAUACCUUUGAGGAUGGUGACAUAAAAUACAUCUUUACAGCAAACAAGAAAUGCAAGCAAGGCGCGGAGAAAGAUUCCCUGAAAAAGAAUAAGUCAGAGGAUGGAUUUGGUACCAAGGAUGUCACUACACCAGGUCAUUCCACGCCGGUGCCUGAUGGGAAAAAUGCCAUGUCUAUUUUCAGUUCUGCUACUAAAACAGAUGUCCGGCAGGAUAACGCUGCUGGCAGAGCUGGCUCCAGUAGCCUUACGCAGGUGACAGAUUUGGCACCUUCCCUGCAUGACUUAGACAACAUCUUUGAUAAUUCUGAUGACGACGAACUUGGGGCUGUAUCACCUGCACUGCGCUCAUCAAAAAUGCCUCCAGUUGGGACAGAAGACAGACCUUUUGGGAAGGAUGCAAGGACUGCUGUUCCUUAUCCACCAACAGUCGCAGACCUGCAGAGGAUGUUCCCCACACCGCCAUCGUUGGAGCAGCACCCUGCGUUUUCCCCAGUGAUGAAUUACAAAGAUGGGAUCAGCUCCGAGACAGGGACAGCCCUGGGCAUGUUGGAGAGUCCUAUGGUUGGCAUGGUGUCCACACAGCUCACAGAGUUCAAAAUGGAAGUGGAAGAUGGCUUAGGAAGUCCCAAGCCAGAGGAAAUAAAGGACUUUUCAUAUGUUCACAAAGUUCCAGCUUUCCAACCUUUCAUGGGAUCCUCCAUGUUUGCUCCACUGAAGAUGUUGCCGAGCCAAUGCCUGCUACCUCUGAAGAUGCCCGAUGCCUGUCUGUUUCGGCCUUCAUGGGCAGUUCCCCCUAAAAUUGAACAACUGCCCAUGCCACCUGCAGCCACCUUCAUUAGAGAUGGCUACAAUAAUGUGCCUAGUGUCGGGAGCCUUGCCGACCCAGACUAUCUGAACACGCCAGUGACACUCAACAGUGCCGCCCCUGCCAGCAACAGUGGGGCUGGAGUCCUGCCGUCCCCAGCAACCCCUCGCUUCUCUGUCCCCACACCACGAACUCCCAGGACCCCAAGAACUCCCAGAGGUGGGGGCACUGCCAGUGGUCAAGGGUCUGUGAAAUACGACAGCACCGAUCAGGGCUCACCAGCCUCUACGCCCUCUACCACACGGCCCCUUAACUCUGUAGAACCUGCCACCAUGCAGCCAAUUCCUGAAGCCCACAGUCUCUACGUCACCCUGAUUCUCUCGGAUUCGGUGAUGAACAUCUUUAAAGACAGAAACUUUGAUAGUUGCUGCAUCUGCGCCUGCAACAUGAACAUCAAAGGGGCAGAUGUUGGCCUCUACAUCCCCGAUUCUUCCAAUGAGGACCAGUACCGCUGCACCUGUGGGUUUAGCGCUAUCAUGAAUCGAAAACUUGGCUACAAUUCGGGCCUCUUCCUCGAAGAUGAAUUGGAUAUUUUUGGGAAGAAUUCUGAUAUUGGUCAGGCUGCAGAGAGGCGCUUAAUGUUGUGUCAGACCACCUUCCUUCCUCAGCUGGAAGGGACCAGAAAGCCCCAGGAGCCGCCCAUCAGCCUCCUCCUCCUGCUGCAGAAUCAGCACACUCAGCCCUUCGCUUCCCUGAGUUCCCUGGACUACGUUUCCUCCAGCAGCCGCCAGACUCUCCCCUGUGUGAGCUGGAGUUAUGACCGGGUACAAGCCGACAACAACGAUUACUGGACAGAGUGCUUCAACGCCCUGGAGCAGGGCCGGCAGUACGUGGACAACCCGACAGGUGGUAGAGUGGACGAGGCUCUGGUCAGAAGUGCCACUGCCCACUCAUGGCCUCAUAGCAACGUGCUGGACAGCAGCAUGCUCUCUUCCCAGGACGUGGUCCGCAUGCUGCUGUCACUGCAGCCCUUUCUCCAGGACGCCAUCCAGAAGAAACGCACGGGCAGGACCUGGGAGAACAUCCAGCACGUGCAGGGGCCACUCACCUGGCAGCAGUUCCACAAAAUGGCCGGACGAGGCACCUAUGGUUCAGAAGAAUCUCCGGAGCCGUUGCCCAUCCCCACUCUGCUGGUAGGCUGUGACAAGGACUUCCUCACCAUCUCACCAUUCUCCCUGCCAUUUUGGGAGAGGCUGUUGUUGGACCCAUAUGGGGGCCACCGUGACGUUGCCUAUAUCGUGGUGUGUCCAGAAAAUGAGGCCUUGCUCGAAGGAGCCAAAACUUUCUUCAGGGACUUAAGCGCUGUGUACGAGAUGUGUAGGCUUGGGCAGCACAAACCCAUCUGCAAAGUGCUUCGGGACGGGAUCAUGCGUGUGGGGAAGACCGGGGCGCAGAAGCUGACUGAUGAGCUGGUGAGCGAGUGGUUCAGCCAGCCCUGGGGCAGCGAGGAGAAUGACAAUCAUUCCAGACUCAAACUCUACGCGCAGGUUUGCCGCCAUCACCUAGCACCUUAUUUAGCCACUCUGCAGCUGGACAGCAGCCUGCUGAUACCACCUAAAUACCAGACCCCACCAGCAGCAGCCGCACAAGGAUCGACUACACCUGGGAAUGCUGGCCCUUUAGCUUCAAAUUCAGGAUCAGCAGCCCCCCCAGCUGGCAGUGCAUUUAACCCCACCUCCAAUGGCAGUUCUGGGAACCCUGCAGCCAGUAGCUCCGGCCCAGGUUCCUCUGUGCCACCAGUCUCAGCAUCUUCCUCUGCUCCUGCUGUCAACCCGAUGAGCACUACCUCUUCUUCGGGAUUCAGUGGUAGUGUUGGAGGGCAGAACGCCAGCACAGGGGGCAGCUCUGUAGACAGAACGCAAGGGAACAUCGGCUGUGGUGGAGACACGGAGCCUGGGCAGAGUGGCACUCAGCCUGCACAGGACGGGCAGGAGAGCAUCACAGAAAGGGAGCGAAUCGGUGUUCCUACGGAGCCUGACUCUGCAGACAGCCAGGCCUACCCACCAGCGGUCGUCAUUUACAUGGUGGACCCCUUCACGUACACAGCGGAGGAAGACUCCACAGCUGGGAACUGCUGGUUGUUGAGCUUGAUGCGCUGCUACACAGAGAUGCUGGAUCAUUUACCUGAGCAUAUGAGAAACUCUGUCAUUCUCCAGAUUGUGCCUUGCCAGUACAUGCUGCAGACAAUGAAGGAGGAACAAGUCUUCUACAUCCAGUACUUGAAGUCCCUGGCGUUCUCCGUGUACUGCCAGUGCAGGCGGCCUCUGCCUACACAGAUCCACAUCAAACCCCUCACGGGCUUCGGGCCUGCAGCCAGCAUCGAGAUGACCCUCAAGAACCCGGAGCGGCCCAGCCCAAUCCAGCUUUACUCCCCGCCCUUUAUAUUGGCCCCAAUCAAAGACAAGCAGACUGAGCUGGGAGAGACAUUUGGGGAGGCCAGCCAGAAAUACAAUGUGCUCUUUGUGGGCUAUUGUCUGUCUCAUGACCAGCGCUGGCUUCUGGCUUCCUGCACGGACCUCCAUGGGGAAUUACUAGAGACCUGCAUUGUAAAUAUCGCUUUACCAAACAGAUCACGGAGGAGUAAAGUAUCUGCACGUAAAAUCGGACUCCAGAAGUUAUGGGAAUGGUGCAUAGGGAUUGUUCAAAUGACGUCUCUACCCUGGAGAGUUGUGAUUGGGCGACUGGGGCGUCUGGGCCACGGGGAACUGAAAGAUUGGAGUAUCCUCCUCGGAGAAUGUUCACUACAGACAAUCAGCAAACAGCUCAAGGAUGUGUGCCGGAUGUGUGGCAUCUCUGCCGCAGACUCUCCUGCUAUCCUCAGUGCCUGCCUGGUGGCCAUGGAGCCCCAGGGGUCCUUUGUAGUGAUGCCAGAUGCUGUCAUGAUGGGCUCUGUGUUUGGCCGGAGUACUGCGCUCAACAUGCAGUCGUCUCAGCUCAACACACCCCAGGAUGCUUCCUGUACACACAUCCUGGUGUUCCCAACAUCCUCAACCAUCCAGGUGGCUCCAGCCAACUACCCCAAUGAAGACGGCUUCAGCCCCAACAAUGAUGACAUGUUUGUUGACCUUCCAUUCCCAGAGGAUAUGGACAAUGAUAUUGGCAUAUUAAUAACUGGGAACCUGCAUUCAUCUCCAAACUCCUCCCCAGUCCCCUCCCCAGGUUCUCCUUCUGGAAUCGGUGUGGGCUCUCACUUCCAGCAUAGUCGGAGCCAGGGCGAGCGCCUCCUUUCCCGAGAGACUACUGAGGAGCUGAAACAGCAGCCGCUGGCUCUCGGCUACUUUGUGUCAACUGCCAAAGCCGAGAACCUCCCACAGUGGUUCUGGUCAUCAUGUCCGCAGGCACAAAACCAGUGCCCCCUCUUUCUCAAGGCGUCACUGCAUCACCACAUUUCGGUAGCACAGACGGACGAGCUUCUCCCUGCCAGGAAUUCCCAGCGGGUGCCACAUCCCCUGGACUCCAAAACCACCUCCGAUGUGUUAAGGUUUGUUCUGGAGCAGUACAACGCUCUGUCCUGGCUGACGUGCAGCCCGGCCACCCAGGACCGUACCUCCUGCCUCCCUGUCCACUUUGUGGUGCUCACUCAGCUGUACAACGCCAUCAUGAACACACUCUAG